AUGGCUGAUAUUCUUCGACGAAUUGCCAUUUUGGCUAUCAAUCGUGCAUCAUGUGGAAAGUUCCAUAUGCAAGUGCGUACAAUAUUUUCAACUUCAGGUAUUGGCAUUGAUAAUUUUAAAUUAUCUCGGGAUCAACAUACUGCACGUUAUGCACCAUCACUUGAUGCUUUUAAAAAGCGUUUUGUUGAUUCUAUUGAACAAACAAAUUCUCAAAUCUUUACAGAAGAUUUACGUAAUAUGAUUAUGUCAGCUGAAAAUGAUCAAGAAAUUGAUACGGUUAUUCAAGCAUUAAAAAAAUAUAGUACAAAUAAAGUUAAAUUUAGUGAUUAUCAUUUUGGUUCACCUAUUAUGCGUUUGCUUUAUAUACAAAAUAAAACUAAUCUAGCUUUAGAUUUAUAUAUGGAUGAAAGUUUGAAAAAUAUAUUCAAUGAUUCUGCAUCAGCACUUGUUCUUAUGAAUAAAUUAAUUGAAGAAAAACGUUAUGAUGAUGCAAUUAAAGUAUUUGAACAUGGUAGUAAACGCGGAUUUUCAACAACUAGUGGACGAACAUAUCCAUCGGAUGUUGUUAUGUUAGCUAUUGAAGGAUUAUUUCGAAAAAAUACAAAAGAAUCCUUAGUAAAAGCAAAAGAAAUCAUUUCUAAAGUACGAGAAAGUGAUCCUGAUAUAAAUCCACGUACAGCUGCUAUGGUUGCCUUAUUAUCUAUUCAACAAGGUGAACCAUCAUUUGCUAUGGAAAUUUUAGGUGGUGUUCGAGUACAAAAUUAUACUAUUAUAAAAAAUAUUCGAGCGAUUUGUUAUGCUGAUAUGGGACGAGUUGAAGAAGCUAUAAAUGUUGUUCAAUUACUUGCGGAACAAACACCAGCUAAUAACGAUCGUCGACGAGUUUUCCCACUUGUGGUUAGUAAUAUACGAAUACCCAGUGUGAUGCGCCAUUUAAUGCUCUAA